AUGCAACAAGUGUUCCCCGUGAUCAAAGUAAGUCAGACGGUUCACUUCGGAUGUUGGCUGGCGAACAACAACGGGGAACGCCGCCGUAGAAGGUUCGCGUUGACGUACACGUUCGCGUUGCUCUUCUUCAGCAUCUACAUUAACGGCACAGAUAUUUAUCAUACGUGGGGUGACUUUAGCACUCUGUGCGUAUACCAUGUCGCUGUGGGUCACAUUUGCUUCGAUUAUUUCCUGAGCAUCGUGAAUCUGCAUGUAACUUGUCAAUUCCGGAUUCUGCAAUACAGACUAUUGAGCCUGGGCAAUGUGAUCGAGACCCAAACCGACGAGGAAAGCCUGUCGAGGUACACGAAUGUCUGUCUGGCAAAGCUGAGGGGUUGCAUCCAACAGCAUCAAGCGCUCACCGAAUACUGCAGGCGCCUUGAAAAUAUAUUCACGUUGAUAAUACUCGCACAGGUGUUGUUUCUGAGCAUAGUACUGUGCCUGAUCAGUUAUCAGUUAUUUUUGGCAGACGUACCUCAUUUUCGUAACAUCAGCUUGGUUAUGAAUAUGAUCGGGAUUUUGUGUAUGCUCUUCAUGUUCACAUACAGUUGCGAUGGCUUGAUACGGCAAAGCACCAAUGUCGGUAGAGUGACCUUUUUAGCGCCGUGGUCAUCUAUGUCGAUGAAUAAAGCCGGUCCUCAGUACUGCAAUGUCAUAUUUUACUUUAUUAAGACACAAGUCUCUUAA